CCGCACAUUUCCCCUCCCCUAACUCAUUUCGCACGACGCAGCGGUUGGGAACACAGACAUUUUCGGAGCUGGAGCCGCCACUGCCUCCGCCAUUUUGUGUCUGUGGAGAAAGAAGCUUCUGUGGCGGCUGCAAGUGGACGGAGAUCACCCGCGAGACGGCGGCGUUUCAUACCCGAGGUUCCCCCUGUGUCGUCCCCCAUCCCCCCUCCGCGGUCAGCAUGUGGUGAAGCCGGAGCCGCGAGAGAACCGGGGAGAGGAAGAGGAGUCGGAAGGGAGGCGGGGUAUCCAGAGCGGCUUCAGCUUCAGCUGCGGCGGAUCUCGGAGGGGGGCCGCGGCGCAAUGUCAGAGCAGACGCCGGCCGAGGCCGGGGCUGCGGGGGCCCGGGAGGACGCCUGUCGGGAUUAUCAGUCAUCGCUCGAAGACCUGACCUUCAAUAGCAAGCCGCACAUCAACAUGCUGACCAUUCUAGCCGAGGAGAACCUGCCCUUCGCCAAGGAGAUCGUCUCUCUCAUCGAGGCCCAAACCGCCAAGGCUCCUUCCUCAGAGAAGCUUCCUGUUAUGUACCUUAUGGAUUCUAUUGUGAAAAACGUUGGAAGAGAGUAUCUCACUGCCUUUACUAAAAAUCUAGUUGCAACAUUUAUUUGUGUGUUUGAAAAGGUGGAUGAAAAUACUAGGAAAAGUUUAUUUAAGUUACGUUCCACAUGGGAUGAAAUAUUCCCAUUGAAGAAACUUUAUGCCCUGGAUGUCAGAGUCAAUUCAUUAGAUCCUGCUUGGCCUAUUAAACCUCUACCCCCCAAUGUGAAUACGUCUAGCAUCCAUGUGAAUCCUAAAUUUUUAAAUAAAUCGCCUGAGGAGCCUUCAGCACCUGGUACGGUGGUCAGUUCCCCUAGCAUCUCCACUCCUCCAAUUGUUCCUGAUAUACAAAAGAAUCUUACACAAGAACAACUGAUAAGGCAGCAGUUGCUGGCAAAACAAAAACAGUUGUUAGAACUUCAGCAGAAAAAGCUGGAGCUUGAGCUAGAGCAAGCUAAGGCACAACUGGCAGUUUCUCUUAGUGUUCAGCAAGAAACAUCCAGUUUAGGUCCUGGAUCUGCACCAUCCAAAUUACAUGUUUCACAGAUUCCCCCUAUGGCAGUUAAAGCUCCUCAUCAGGUUCCUGUGCAGUCUGAGAAAAGCCGUCCAGGACCAUCCUUACAAAUUCAGGAUUUGAAAGGAACUAACCGGGAUCCUCGUCUGAACAGGAUAAGCCAACAUUCUCAUGGAAAAGAUCAAAGUCACAGGAAAGAAUUUUUAAUGAACACAUUAAACCAGUCUGAUAUUAAGACAAGUAAAACUAUACCCUCUGAAAAACUAAAUUCAUCCAAGCAGGAAAAAAGUAAAUCAAGUGAAAAAAUAACCAAGAAAGAACUUGACCAAUUAGAUUCUAAAUCAAAAUCAAAAUCAAAAUCGCCGUCACCUUUGAAAAACAAAUUAUCUCACACAAAAGACUUGAAAAAUCAAGAAUCGGAGAGUAUGAGGUUGUCUGAUAUGAAUAAGAGAGAUCCAAGACUAAAAAAGCAUCUUCAGGAUAAGACUGAUGGCAAAGAUGAUGAUGUGAAAGAGAAGAGAAAAGCUGCAGAAAAAAAGGAUAAAGAUGAGCACAUGAAGUCAUCUGAACACAGAUUGCCUGGAAGUAGAAAUAAAAUCAUAAAUGGCAUUGUACAAAAACAGGAUACAAUAACAGAAGAGUCAGAAAAACAGGGGACAAAACCAGGGAGAUCGAGUACUAGAAAGCGAUCAAGAUCUCGAUCACCCAAGUCUAGGUCACCAAUUAUACAUUCCCCAAAGAGAAGAGAUAGACGAUCACCCAAACGAAGGCAAAGGAGUAUGUCUCCAACAUCUACACCUAAAGCUGGAAAGAUUCGCCAAUCCGGAGUUAAGCAGUCACAUAUAGAAGAGUUUACACCAUCUUCUAGAGAAGACAGAAAUGCUAAGAGAAGUACUAAGCAGGAUAUUCGGGAUCCAAGGCGAAUGAAAAAGAGUGAAGAGGAGCGACCACAAGAAAUCACAAAUCAGCAUUCUACAAAGUCAGGCACUGAACCAAAGGAGAAUAUAGAAAACUGGCAAAGUUCCAAGUCUGCCAAAAGAUGGAAAUCUGGUUGGGAAGAAAAUAAAAGCUUACAACAGGUUGAUGAACAUAGUAAACCUCCUCAUCUAAGGCAUAGGGAGAGCUGGUCAAGCACUAAAGGAAUUUUAUCACCUCGAGCCCCAAAGCAGCAGCAGCAUCGAUUAAGUGUAGAUGCCAAUCUUCAGAUUCCUAAAGAGUUAACUCUUGCAAGCAAAAGAGAAUUACUUCAAAAGACGAGUGAACGUUUAGCAUCUGGUGAAAUUACACAGGAUGACUUCCUUGUUGUUGUACAUCAAAUUCGACAGCUAUUUCAGUAUCAAGAAGGUAAACAUAGAUGCAAUGUACGGGAUAGUCCUACAGAAGAAAAUAAAGGUGGAUUAAAAAAGAAACCUCUCUUAACUGAUGCUGAAUUAACCUACUAUGAACAUAAAGCAAAACUGAAAAGGACACAGGUUCAGCAUUCAUUUCCAAGACUUGAUCUCUUAGAUCCUGAUAUUUUUGACUACCCUUUGACUGAUGCCUUGUUGUCUGGAAUAGAAUGUGAGCCAUCCAAAAGUAAACAUGCAAGUAGGAAUAGUGGAGCACAGUUUGACAGAAAAGAACAAUUUAGUGAAAGAGCAAGACGUCUUUCUCCUAUAUCUGGGAGUCGUACUUAUGCUGAGAAUCUUUCACCCCAUGAGGGCCGGAGAAGACAUGACGAGCAAGUCUCUGCUAAAGGUGUGCGAGAAGAGCAGAGAUCGCCAUUCAAUGAUCGUUUUCCACUCAAGCGACCUCGAUAUGAAGAUUCAGAUAAACCAUUUGUAGAUAGCCCAGCAUCAAGAUUUGCCGGCCUGGAUACAAAUCAGCGACUUACAGCUUUAGCUGAAGACAGACCGUUAUUUGAUGGACCUAGUAGGCCAUCAGUAACAAGAGAUGGCCCAACCAAGAUGAUUUUUGAAGGACCUAAUAAAUUAAGCCCUCGAAUUGAUGGACCUCCUACACCAGCUUCUCUUCGGUUUGAUGGGUCACCAGGACAAAUGGGGGGAGGAGGCCCUUUAAGAUUUGAAGGGCCACAAGGUCAGCUAGGAGGUGGGUGUCCUUUGAGAUUUGAAGGUCCUCCAGGACCAGUGGGGACACCUCUGCGAUUUGAGGGCCCAAUUGGUCAAGCAGGAGGAGGUGGUUUUCGGUUUGAAGGUUCCCCUAGUCUGAGGUUUGAAGGAUCUGCAGGUGGUUUGCGAUUUGAGGGACCAGGGGGCCAGCCUGUGGGUGGUCUGAGGUUUGAGGGACAUCGUGGUCAACCUGUGGGUGGUCUGAGGUUUGAGGGACCUCAUGGUCAGCCUGUGGGUGGACUUAGAUUUGAUAAUCCCCGAGGUCAGCCUGUAGGUGGACUUAGAUUUGAAGGGGGUCAUGGUCCAUCAGGGACUGCGAUUAGGUUUGAUGGACCUCAUGGUCAGCCUGGUGGUGGGAUCAGGUUUGAGGGCCCUUUGCUACAGCAAGGAGUUGGAAUGAGGUUUGAGGGCCCCCAUGGUCAGUCAGUAUCUGGUCUGAGAUUUGAGGGACAACAUAAUCAACUUGGUGGGAACCUUAGGUUUGAGGGUCCACAUGGUCAACCAGGGGUUGGGAUCAGGUUUGAAGGCCCUUUAGUCCAACAAGGAGGUGGAAUGAGGUUUGAGGGUCCUGUACCAGGAGGUGGCCUGCGAAUUGAAGGGCCUCUGGGUCAAGGUGGUCCAAGAUUUGAAGGUUGUCAUGCUUUAAGGUUUGAUGGGCAGCCAGGUCAGCCAUCACUCUUGCCAAGAUUUGAUGGAUUACAUGGUCAGCCAGGUCCUAGAUUUGAAAGGACUCCUGGCCAGCCAGGCCCUCAGAGGUUUGAUGGACCACCUGGACAGCAGGUUCAGCCAAGAUUUGAUGGUGUACCUCAAAGAUUUGAUGGUCCACAACAUCAACAGGCAUCAAGGUUUGAUAUUCCUCUUGGUCUUCAAGGCACAAGAUUUGACAAUCAUCCUUCACAAAGGCUUGAAUCAGUAUCUUUCAAUCAGACUGGGCCAUAUAGUGAUCCACCUGGCAACGCUUUUAAUGCCCCAUCCCAAGGACUACAGUUCCAAAGACAUGAACAAAUAUUUGAUUCACCUCAAGGACCAAAUUUUAAUGGACCACAUGGCCCUGGAAACCAGAGUUUCUCUAAUCCACUUAACAGAGCUUCUGGACACUAUUUUGAUGAAAAAAAUCUUCAGAGUUCUCAAUUUGGAAACUUUGGCAAUUUACCUGCUCCAAUGGCAGUAGGAAAUAUUCAGGCAUCUCAACAGGUUCUAAGUGGUGUUGCUCAGCCGGUAGCUUUUGGUCAAGGACAACAGUUUUUACCAGUUCAUCCACAAAAUCCUGGAUUUGUUCAGAAUCCUUCAGGAGCCCUCCCUAAGGCAUAUCCUGAUAAUCAUCUCAGUCAGGUGGAUGUAAAUGAAUUAUUUUCAAAAUUGCUGAAAACAGGAAUUCUCAAAUUGUCUCAACCUGAUUCAGCUACAACACAAGUAAGUGAAGUAGCUGCUCAGCCUCCCCUUGAAGAGGAGGAAGAACAAAAUGAAGAUCAAGAUGUUCCAGAUCUUACUAAUUUUACAGUUGAAGAAUUGAAACAACGUUAUGAUAGUGUUAUAAAUCGACUGUACACUGGUAUUCAGUGUUACUCUUGUGGAAUGAGGUUUACGACAUCACAGACAGAUGUAUAUGCAGAUCAUUUGGACUGGCAUUAUCGGCAAAAUAGAACUGAAAAGGAUGUUAGCAGAAAAGUCACUCAUAGACGUUGGUACUACAGUUUAACAGACUGGAUAGAAUUUGAGGAGAUAGCUGAUCUGGAAGAACGGGCAAAGAGCCAGUUUUUUGAAAAGGUUCAUGAGGAAGUUGUACUCAAAACUCAAGAGGCUGCUAAAGAAAAAGAGUUCCAAAGUGUACCUGCUGGACCAGCUGGAGCAGUUGAGAGUUGUGAAAUCUGUCAAGAACAAUUUGAACAGUACUGGGAUGAAGAAGAGGAGGAAUGGCAUUUGAAAAAUGCUAUUAGAGUAGAUGGAAAGAUUUAUCAUCCAUCAUGUUAUGAAGAUUAUCAAAAUACAUCUUCAUUUGAUUGUACACCAUCACCCAGCAAGACACCAGUUGAAAACCCCUUGAACAUUAUGUUGAACAUUGUCAAAAACGAAUUGCAGGAACCCUGUGAAAGUCCCAAAGUUAAGGAAGAACGAAUAGAUACACCACCAGCUUGUACAGAGGAAAGCAUAGCAACACCCUCUGAAAUUAAAACAGAAAAUGACACAGUCGAGUCAGUUUAAAUAAAAUGAGAAAGGUAUGUUUUUCUUUUUUAAAAAAGCUGCUGUUGGAUCUAGAAGGUGAAGAAUUUUUUUAUGUAUAUAUAGACAUAUCUAUAUAAAUUGUCUAGCUGAGGCAGGGCCUUCAGCUAUCAUUUGGUUAAUAAAUACAUUUUAGUAUUUGCAUUUCCUACUGCCUGCAGAGUUUCAGGUGCUUGUUGUGUGAAAGUUCUGUAGAUGUGUGCAAAUUUAACAAAAUGAAAUUGUAUGUGUAAAAAUGUACGAUUUUCACUGUGCAACUGUAAAUUAUAAAUAAAAAAUAUUUUUGCUAUUCA